AUGCGAAAGUUGGAAUGGGACGACAUGGGAGUAAAGGUUGACGGUGUGGUACGGGAAGUCGCUCGUCGAAUCUACGACACUGAAGUCAUUAUGAAAGUGCAGGAGAGAAAGCAAGAACAUCUAGAUGCAUUUGUAACAGAACAUGUGGUAUUCAUUAUCAGCCAAGUUGAAACAGGAAGCGCCAACCCAUCCAAGGCUAUUUCGAGCAAGACGGAGCAGUUUGACAUCGAUGCAGGUAUCUUUGACAUAAGCUCAGACGAUUUCUCGCAGGCUUUCCCGUAUCACAUUUGUUUCGACAAGGAACUUUUUAUCGAACAUUUUGGACACUACAUCCGAAACGCAUAUCCAAUGGCCAUCCGUCAAGAGACAAGAGUUUCUGACAUUUUGGAGCUGGUUCAUCCUGAGGUCCCUCUGUCUUAUGAGUCUAUUCUCGCAUUCAAAAAUAGUUUAUUCGUUUUCAAAAUGAAAGGAAUUGGGGAUAUAGUGCAUUCAAAAAACGAGGAAGUGAAACCUAUUCUUCUCAAAGGUUCUAUGGUCAUCAUUUGUGGUGGCAGCUAUAUUCUUUACGUUUCUUCUGUUAAUGUUACAACAGUACGGGAACUGAUUCAACGGAACCUGCAUAUUAGUGAUAUGCAACGGCACGAUGGAACGAGGGAUCUUAUUAUGCUAAAUCAGAGUAGGAUGAGCCAAGUCGAGCUGAAUCGAAAGCUAGAGGAAACUACGAAGAGUUUGAAAAAGAUGGCAAGCGAACUCGAAAUCGAAAAGCAGAAAACGGAUGAACUUCUUUGUGAACUGAUGCCAGCAUCUAUUGCGGAUGCUCUUCGACAAGGAAAAAUGGUGGAAGCGAGUGAUUUCGCGGAUUGCACGCUGCUUUUUACGGAUAUUGUGACAUUUACCAACAUAUGCGCCAAAUGCACCCCAUACGAUGUGGUCACACUGCUCAACGACCUAUAUCUGAGAUUCGACAGACUCAUUGGUUUACUCACUUUUGUGACUUCGUCAUUUGCAAGUAAAUCAAGCUCUUCUACAAUAAGUUUUUCUGUCUAA